CCCCCUUUUUGUUUCAAACGUAAACAAAACCAAAAGCGUUGAAUCAAAAAGAAAUUUUCGCUGGCAGUCUGGGCAGUCUGGCAUUGCCAUUUUUGUGCAAUUUUUUGUUGAAUUCUGCGGGAGAUUAGAGAACUUUUUAUUUUUGAAGAUUUCAACAAGAUAAAAACAAGAUUUCGGUCGAAAAGUGUGGAAUCAAAAGCAGUAAAAUCGGAAGGUUUUAAUAAUUAUGACUUGCCAGUGAACUAAAAUUACUGACAGAUUUUUUCUUCUGCUACAAUGUCAGCAGUCAACGAGACAAGUGUCUGCCUGACAGCAGCAUCCGAGGAGAUGCUCUUGAACAAAAUCAUGGCACGGAGCUUCAGCGGCUUCCGGCUGAACAAAAUCCAAGUAAAGGGUGCAGCCAAGAAAGUCCUCAUCGAAGCUUACAAAGGCCACUCAAACAAGCGCGAACUACAGCAGCAACUGAAGGUCACCGAUGAGUGGUUCCUCUACUUCACAGGGAAGUACCCUUCGGUCAAGAACAUCCUUGUUGAUGGAAAGCACGGCAAGUCGAGCCACGAACGCAAAAGUUGCUCUACCCAGGAGGCGCAGCUGUGGCACGAAAAUCUGCUCAAGUACAUUCGACCGAGUGUGGAAGAGGAGACGCUGGACAAGAGCAGGGUCUUCUUGGGCACGGUCAACAACUUUCUGUUCAGGGACAGGAUUGGCAAGUACGUUUUGCGCGGCAUGAGAGACUUGGAUGACUUUGAACAGGCCAAGUCAAGAAGGUCGGACGAGAACCUUGCUUGCAUUACCACAUUCAAUGCUGAAGGGAAAAUGGCUCCUUUGCUGCUCAGCUUCAAAUCAAACAGAAUUUCACCAAUAUUCAAGCACAGCAUGCCCAAAGAAUGGAGCACCGAGUGCAACACUAGUGGCUGGGCGGACACAAAUGCGCUCAUCUCUUUCAUGAACAAAUUUGCCUUUUGGCUCAAAAAGUCUGAAAUCCAGCUGCCGGUCAUUCUGGUUCUCAUCAUGGAAAAUCUCUACAUGCACAUAGACGUCACAAACUUCUGCGAGAAAAACGGAAUCAUCCUGUGCUGUCUCCCAAAAAACAUCUUCCAAACCAUCGUGCCGGACGAAACCACUCUGAACGUCCUCUCCAGGAUUAAGAGCAGCUGGAAACUGCUCGAGUCGGUCACCAGACCAAACUUUUCCAACAACUACGCAGAAAUUCUCAACAAUAUUCCCGAAUCGGUCUUUACAGAAACUUUUAAACUGUGUGGCUUGUUUCCCCUGAAAAGGGAAAAUUUAGACCUUUCGAGGUGCGACCCUGAGAGCUACAGCAAUCAACUGACCAAAGCUGAGCAGACGCUGGACGAUUUGGAGAAAGUUUUGCCCCAGAGGACCCUGCUGCAGUUUCAGAGUUGCUACCCGUACAGAGUUUGGCUCAAUCACAGCCAGAAUACGUCACUUUUCCAGGCGUGGGUCAAACUGAAGAAAAAGGCCAGAGGAAUUAAUCAAAAUGAUCUUGAUGACAUGUAUGACGAAGAGUAUUCGGAUGAAAUACCAGAGUGUGCUGAGCUUGAUUUGUCUCUCAGCCCACCAUCCCCAGAGCAAGUAGAGGCUGAAAUGGCUGAAAUUCAGAAAGAACCGGAACCUGAUCCUCUCGAAAGCCAAUCUGAAUCUCCGCCGAUCACCGAGUCGGACGAAGCUGUGGCCAACAUUCAGCAACUUGAUACCGACGACGUCCACGACACAAUCGCCAUUGCCUUGGCCAACAUGGGCGAGAUGGAGUUCAGUGUUAACAAAGGAAAAAGAAACUCUGAAGAAGAGGAAUCGUCUGUGCCGCUGAAAAUUACCAGAAGGUCUUUGCAUAACCGAACAGAGGGACACGGCGUCAUCACCAGCCUCAUGCAGAACAAAAGUCCCAUCAGCAAACUGCACAUUCCCUCCAUGCCCUUGAACCCGAGCACACCCAGGGCCGCCUGUAAAAUAAUAACCUCCGAACUGGCCGAAGCGAGUGUGGACCGCAGAGUGGCCGCAGGUGUCAGUUUCAGAGCCAAAGUGCCAGAUUCUGUUUUGGCGGCGCUCAGAAACAAUACCAAUCCGAAUGUUCCCAAACGAAAAAGAGGCCAUAUCAGCGAAUGAUUACAAUUAUUAAAUUUUUUGUAUCAUUCAAAUGUUUAUCGAAUUAGUUCACGAUGACAUAAUGCAUUUAGGAGAUUUUCAAAAGUCUAAUAAAAGCAAGUUGAGUGAUUUUAAAUAAUAUUUUAUUUUUAUGAAUCAG